UUUACCGGAGAAGAGGUGGAGCGGGGAGCGUGCGGAAGGCCCGAGGAAGCGGAAGUGCAAGCAAGGGGGGGUGGGACCCAGGCGCCCGUCCCAGGGCCUACACCCAGAGCCCCGCGCUGACCCGCUGCGGGGCUGUCACCUGUGUGUGUGUGUGACCUCCCGCAGUGACCCCAGGCUGUAAGCUGGGGUGUGCAUGGGGUGGGGUAUAAGCGGGGUGGAGUCCUUCCAGGACCCCUGGGAACGGCAGCCCACCUGGCCUUGCCCCGUGGGGUGGCUCUGGGUGCUGGUUUAGAGGUGAUCAGGAAGGGCUCUUAAUGGUUAAGGAGCGAGGUGAGUUUGGGUCUGUCUGGGAGCUUCUUCCGCCUUCAAUAAAGAUAGAUUGAGAGGUGCCAAGUGGGCAGGAAGGAAGGAGCACAGGCCAGGGCCUGUGGCACAGUGGGCAGCCCCCGGGCAGCUCUGGCCCCAGUGGCCUCUGAUUUUACAAGAGAUGGAAUCUGAGGUUCAUGUGAAAUCUCCUGAUUUUUAAGUACCAGCAACUGUUACCCAGAAAUAAAAGGCCUCAGAGUGAGAGGCCACAGGUGUUUAUCUGAGCUCAACAAGAACACCUAUGGGCUCAGUGUUCGGACGAGGACACAAGGGCAGGGGGUGCGUGUGAGACGGGAAGGGGGACGAUUCCAUCCCAGCAGGAUGGCAUGUGUGUCGGUGCAGAUGACAGGACAGGGCGACCCCGAUUCUGAGCCGUGGUUUUGUGGUUUCCAGUCCGUAGCCUCGCGCCCAGGAGGCAUAACAUCUGCGUUCCUGUUAUCUUUGCAAACAGGUCUUUGGGAAACAAGGUUGCAGCUCAUUUCAUUUGCUUCGCUUCACAGAGAAAAUCAGGUCUGCUCUCUGCCCCCUUCCGAGCGGCCUCUUCCAGGGGCUGUCCCUUUGCGGUCAUGACACUGGUUUAUAAUUGAGACAUUCAUGUGUGGACAGGUCUUGACCUCUGGGAGAGCAGAGGGGGCUCUUCCAGGGAGGAGGCGGUGUUCGGUCUGGAAGCCAGGAGGGGCUGGGAGAUCCAGGACACCUAGGAGUUGGAGCGGGCACAGGCACCCCCGAGCUCUCCCCAGUCCCUGGGCAGCCCUGCACGGCCGGCCCUCCUCUGCCUCUCAAACUCCGUUUGGCAAACAGAGGCCCCUGGGAACGCAUGCUUGCCAUUUCUGAACUCGAGCGCCGAGGGAUGGACGUCCGGUGUUCUGGGUCACACUCUCUCGGAGUCUUGCCUUCCAAGUGGGGCUGAAGACCCCUUGGGGUGUGUUGGGAAAGGCAGUGUACCCCUCCCAUGCUGGCUGAGUGCGCAAGACCUUCAGGGACCCCUGUGUCCUUGGGGAAUCCCUGAUCUCAAGCAGGUCAGAAAGGAAAAGGGGCGGCUCUAGGUUCUGGAGCCUGGGGCCCUUCUCAGCUCUCGGGACCGGAGAGAACUUUGAAACCCUGACUGUGGGAUAUGGAAGCUCCGCACAUUUGUUCUGAGAACUCACGAUUCUGAGAACAAUUGCACAUUGGAGACCGGUCUUCAUUUUCCUUGGUUCCAAAAACCCUCAUCUAACCAAAGACAUUGAGGAAUAGUCUUCCCCAAAUGUCUCAUCAGUUCCCACAGCUACUGUGUGCCUGGGUCAGCCGGAUGUCGGGGGGCUGGAAAGGGAAAUGUGCCAGCUUAGCUCCCCCUGAAGCUGAAAGAAAACUCAGCUUUGAUUUUACUUCCCGGUCCUGCCACGUGGGGGCGCCCCAUCCCCAGGACCCUGCCCUGCCCUGCCCUGCCCUGCACUUACCUGCCAGCCAGCUUGGCAGUCUCCUGACCUGAGAGCUGUAGUAACAUCACUGUUCCAAAGGUCAGUUCCUCCUGCAGUCCCCCCAGGACUCGAGUCCCUGGAAUUGUGUGAUUUCUGUUCUCCGGCGGUUUCAUCGUCAGUCCCACCCCGGCCGGUGAGGAGAAGUGGGUGGCCUCAGGCACAGAGCUCCUGGGAGCCAGGCCUGAGGAUAAGUAGCCUGACGCUGACCUGGAGCCAACUCGCUAAGAGUCUGCAGGGUCCCCGACUUGCCAGGCACUUUGCAGGCAAGGCUCACCCCUCGGGUGUCCAGCCGGUGGAGGUCAGCCCGUCGCACAGCUGGGAAUCUCAGCUGCUCAGGACAGGCAGGGCCCGAGGCCAGCGCGGGGCAGGGUCCUGGUUUCCCCUCUCUGACUUGGCUCCACCUCAGGGGCACCGUCAGCCCAGGGGACUCUGCCAGGCUUCGCCUCCCCUAGCAUGACCGUCGUCACUUCUCUGCCACAGGCCAGAGUUAUUCAGGGGGCGUGGAGGCCUUCCAUCCGCCCUGCUGAUGCUGUUUGCUCAUUAACUAACCGAAGCCCCACCAUCUCCGUGACAGAGAACUGGUCCCUUGACGGAGCUGUCCGUCCGGCCCCCGGUGGAGCUGCGGUCCUCUCCCACACAGGAGGCGUGUCUGCGACUCUAGGAAGAGUCACGCUCCUGAAACGCUCCCUCCCGAAGGCGAGCUCCCGCCCAGAGAUGCCCCUCGCGGUGGAAGAAGUCAUGCGGCUGCUGUGCUCCCUUUCGGAGGCAAAGCAAAUGAAGGCGGCUGUCAAGCAGUCAGGGAGGGGCGCCCUGGUCGCUGGCACCGUGGCCUUCGUUGGUGGCUUGGUUGGUGGCCCACCAGGAAUAGCUGUUGGUGGUGCUGUGGGGGGACUGUUAGGGGCCUGGAUGACGAGUGGGCAGUUUAAGCCUGUGCCUCAGAUCCUGAUGGAGCUACCGCCAGCUGAGCAGGAGAAGCUGUUCCGACAGGUCAACGCCAUCCUCAGCGACCUGGAUUGGACAGACGCUGUGCAGGUGACCAUGCUGGUCAUGGGCAGUGAGGCCCUGCAGCAGCGGCUGCUGACCAUGCUGGUGGGCUACGUGACCAAGGAGCUCCACGCCGAAGUGCAGUAUGGCGACUAGCCCCUCGGGCAGGGGUCCCGAGGGAUGUGACUGGGGGCUGGGCUGCCCCACCCCCCUGUGUCUCCUGCGGGAGAGGCUUCUGCUGUGCUGGAUCAUGCUCUGGAAAUUGCUGAUGAAGAAGGCGUUAUAUGGUGUACAGGAUUAGGGGGCCCUCCUCCCCAGGAGGGUCAGAUCCCGACCUCCAUGUGCGUAGGGGAGCUUGAUGCAUCGGAGCCCACGGAGCUCAGGAAGGGUGGACCAUGUGUCUCAGAGGAACUGCUCUCCCACUGGCCUCGUCCAGCACAGACCACGCUGCUGGGUGACCUGCUGCCUGGGUCACUUCUGUGCUGCUGGAGGGAUGGGCAGGGGGGCCACUGCGAUGAGGCUCCUCACUCAGAGAAGGUCACUGGGGGUCACUCAUAGUGGGGGUCCUCCCCUGCCAGACCCAGGGCACAGGGGUGUCAGCUCAGAGGUCAGAGGUCCCUCACCAACGUCCACUGAAGCCCCUCCCAUGUCAGCUUGUCUUUCUCCUGGGGAGACGGCGUGGGGAGGAGAUAUUCCCACUCCUGACGAUCUGGGCUGGAUGCCGCAGCCUUGCUGAGCGAGCCCCCCUGACAGCUGAGUCCCAGGGGCCUUUAGGGGACUUUGGGCCUCAGAUCUGCCCAAACCUCGAGUCCUCGUCCCUCAGGAGCUGAAGGCACUUAUCUGGCUCCCUAGGCCACACCAGCCUGGUACCAAAUCAGGUUCAAAGAGGGUUUCCUCUUCCUGUGCCCCAGCCCCUCCCACACGUGGCCCCGCCCACACACGGCCCCACCCACACGCAGCCCCUCCCACCAAUCUGGCCGCCUGCAUUCAAUCUGUUUUCAAUGCUUUGACAGUGAUGCCUUUCCUUUUGUUUGUCAGUGUUUAUUGCUGAAAACAGAAAAUCCAGAAGAUAUAAUGAAAUAAAAUCUGCUGCAGAUUCCACGCCUCCGACCACCUCUGUUAAACGUGGACCGUGCCGUGCACAUCCUGUAAUGCUGCCCCUGUGGCUAUGGAAUUUGCAUCCCUGCUGUUUAGGCCUCGGACCCCCUCACCUAGGAACACUAGGCUGUAACCUGUACCCGGCAGUUCCUGGGAACUGUCAGCUGCAUCCCCUCGCCCUGGGCUGCACCCGGUGUGGCUGCCUUUGCAGGCGCCGUGUGUUCGUGAAUAUUCCGAAGGGAAGAUGCUGGGUCUGCUGGGCAAACCGGCCUCCAGCCACCUGUCCCUGAGCCUCUGCUGGGACGCCUGCUCUCCGGGUCCAGCUACAGCGCAGGCCUCAGGGACAGAGAUUCUUGGCUAGUGGCUGGCUUGACCCGGGACCGAAGCUCGUUCGGGGUGGGGACCGCAGGAGGCUCAGCUGGGAGAGAAGGGAGGCACUUUGGCAUUUUGAGAAUGUUGGUCAUUUCAAAACUGGGUACAGGACAUUGCAGGGGCAGCUGCAGGG